GGGAGGAACUAGGGGGCGCAAAGAGGGGGAGGAGAGGCGGGCCUCGACACCCCCACACACACUCCUUGCGGCCACCCCUGGAGAUGGUGUCCAUCCCAAGACCAGAGCCUCAGGCUAGUGAAGGGCAGAGGCUGAGCCUCGGGCCUGUGCCAGUCUUGAGCGGGAUGGGCCGCUGAAGGAUGAGGACUUGUCUUUGAAAAGGACACGGAUCCUCCCCUACCUAGGACCCACAGCACCCCCCUUCCUUUCACUCUGGCUGUAUUCCUAUUUCCCUUCUAAGGUCUCUCCUCUUUCUUCAGUUCCCAGGGACAGGGACAUAGCCUGUGCUUCCCAGAAUUAAGCAGUGCUUCCCAGAGUGGAGUCGGAAUUCACCACCACCCCAACCUGUUCUCAAGUCCAUCCAACUAUCAGCUCUGGCUCUCUCAAUCUUUUCCUUCAUCCUCUCCAGCUCAGUCCCCAUCUCCUUUGUCCUGCUUUUCUAGACAUGCCUCUCCAUCCUUCCCACCCCCACGGCUCUUCCCACUAUCCCAGCACUAGGCUUCCUAAUCUAAGGAGGCAUCUCUUAUUCAACUGGAGAAUUCCGGGAUCUGGGCCAUACUCCUUAGUAGACAGCCCAUCCUCAGAGGAGGCGCAGGAGAAAGCCUGAGGAAGAGCAAGGGAGAGAGGACAGGGUCAGGCCACAAGGUCCCUGAGGACAGAGACUGUGGGGGGACAGGGACUGAGGAGAAAGCACGGGAGCUAGAGCCAGAGCCAAAGGAAGAAAGAGAGGAGCCAGCAAAGAGGUAUUUGUGGGGGAGGCUCAGCAGCUGUCUUCCCUAAGACAGGAACAGAUGGGCCUGGUUAUUUCUCUUGUCACAUGUAUAGUGGUAAGACUGGAAGAGGACCAUUGAGCAAUCAAGGGCAGGCUUGCCCACAGAGCUGAGUGGGUUUAGCUCUCCAGGUCCCUGUAACCCCAGUAGAAAGAAGGAACAGUUCCUGAGCCCAGUCAACCUGUCUGUCUUUCUUUUUUAAACAGGUUCUUACUAUGCAGCCCUGGCUCACUCAGUAGACCAGGCUAGCCUCAAACUCGAGGAGAUCCACCUGCCUCUGCCUCUCAAGUGCUGGGACAAAGACAUGCUCUGGACUCCAUCUUAACCGAACACAUACCCCCUUCACCCCCCAGGUCCCACAUCGCUUCCAUAUCCUCUUUCCUAUAACAUGGUCAUUCUCUAAUAUAGGUAAUACCUACAUAACCAGUUGGAAAGGGAAAAUGCCAGGAAAGACACUCCUCUGGAGCAAGGGAAUAUGGAAGGAAAACCAAGAAAGCCAGAGUGCUGUCAGAUUUCAACAGGUCCCAGGUUCUUACAUAGCCAGGUUCUCAUAUGCCCGACAUACAAAUCCUCUCUAGAGUGUGUGUGGGUGGAGGAGCUGGGCUCCAUUCAUGGACCAUGGUCCAGCCAUGGGCUCUUGUCCCAGUAGAUAGGAAAAGAAGUCGUCAUUUCCGGGGCCUUCACCAGGGCUUGGUGGCUCUCUGCUCUCUGAUUGGGCGGAAAUAGCCUGGGCAGGCUUAUGACCCUACUACAGAGGAGGAGCUGUACCCCAACCAGUAUCUUCCCACGUACCUGCUCCCCAGAGUGCUGCCUGCUGUGCACCUGGGUCCUGAAGCCCUUCUCUACCCGGAUAGAUUCCUUGGCCCACCUCUCCCGCACCCCACUCUGUGCAGAAGUGCAAAAGCUCAAGCCGCCUCCAUGGCCCCAGGGAAGAUUCAGGGGAGAGGCCCCAUACAGGGAGCCACUGCAGUUAGACACCCUGGCCAGAAUGGAGCUGACUGAUUUGCUCCUGGUGGCCAUGCUUCUCCUCACAGCAAGACUAACUCUGUCCAGCCCAGUUCCUCCCGCCUGUGACCCCAGACUCCUAAAUAAACUGCUUCGUGACUCCCACCUCCUUCACAGCCGACUGAGUCAGUGUCGUGACGUCAACCCUUUGUCUAUCCCUGUCCUGCUGCCUGCCGUGGACUUUAGCCUGGGAGAAUGGAAAACCCAGACGGAACAGAGCAAGGCACAGGACAUUUUAGGGGCAGUGACCCUUCUCCUGGAGGGAGUGAUGGCAGCACGAGGACAGUUGGAACCCUCCUGCCUCUCAUCCCUCCUGGGACAGCUUUCUGGGCAGGUUCGCCUCCUCUUGGGGGCCCUACAGGGCCUCCUAGGAACCCAGCUUCCUCUACAGGGCAGGACCACAGCUCACAAGGACCCCAGUGCCCUCUUCUUGAGCUUGCAACAACUGCUACGGGGAAAGGUGCGCUUCCUGCUUCUGGUAGAAGGUCCCACCCUCUGUGUCAGAAGGACCCUGCCUACCACAGCUGUCCCAAGCAGUACCUCUCAACUCCUCACACUAAACAAGUUCCCAAACAGGACUUUUGGAUCGUUGGAGACGAACUUCAGUGUCGUAGCCAGAACUAUUGGGCCUGGACUUCUGAACAGGCUUCAAGGAUUCAGAGCCAAGCUUAUUCCUGGUCAGCUAAACCAAACCUCCAGGUCCCCAGAUCAAAUCCCUGGAUACCUGAACAGGACACAUGGACCUGUGAAUGGAACUCAUGGGCUCUUUGCUGGAACCUCACUUCAGACCCUGGAAGCCCAAGCCAUUGUGCAGACAGCUUUCAACAAAGGCUCCCAGCCACUCAACCUCCAGGAUGGACUUCCUCCUUCUCCAAGCCUUGCUCCUGAUGGACACACACUCUUCCCUCCUUCACCUACCUUGCCCACCCACGGAUCUCCACCCCAGCUCCACACCCUGUUCCCUGACCCUUCCACUACCAUGCCCAACCCUACCGGCCCUCAUCCAAUCACAAUGUACCCUCAUUCCAGGAAUUUGUCUCAGGAAGCAUAGCGUGCACUGGCACAGUGAGUAUCUGCAGCAUCUCUCAGGGACAAGCUUCCCCAGGAAGGUGCUGAGAGGCAGCUGCAGCUGCGCUAGAUGUCCUGCUUUCACCUAAAAGGCCCUGGGGAAGGGAUGUACAGGACCGGAGAUUGUAAAAUUUUAGAAGCUAUUUUUUUUAACCUAUCAGCAAUAUUCAUCAGAGCAGCUAGCUAUCUUUGGUCUGUUUUCUGUAUAAAUUUGAAAAUUACUAAUUCU